CACGCACAGAGCAAUUGAGCUAAAAACUCACAAAGACGCAAUUCAACAUAAUUCUACUACUAGUCAUAUUUGCUGGAAAAUUAGCUCAUUUGACCAAUAAACGUGUCUAAAUUGAUCAGCUGCAUAAACACAUCUACCCAGUUUUUCUCUACAAGAUAUUCCACCCAGCUCAAUUCUCAAAUUAACUCCAUUGACAAUUUUGACAACUUCCAUGCCAAACUUUUUGACACAAAAAACCCCAUUAAGUAAAACUUUAUUUGCAUUUUAAAGUAUUUGUAACAAAAUGAUGAAGAGUCGGAGUACUGGAAAAAUUUCCACAAAAUGGAUCCCAAUUUUCUGUGUUUGUUUCUUCUUCAUUGGCAUGCUUUUCACUAACAGGUUGUGGGAACCACCAGAAUCUGGGAGCAAGUUGAUUUCAAGUCAUCAGCAAAAUGAAGAGCUUAAAGUGAUUUGUGAGGACUGUGGGACUAAAAAGAAACUUAGUGAUGAUAAAGAUGUAAUGGAUGAAGUACAGAAAACCCAUGAUGCAAUCAAGUCAUUGGAUAAGUCUGUAUCAAUGCUUCAAAUGGAACUGGCUGCUUCAAGAAGUUCUAAAGAGCUCCUUAACCCUAAGGAAUCUUCUGGGACCAUUACUCAAAAUGUACCACCAAAGAAAAAGGUGUUUGUGGUAAUUGGAAUUAACACUGCUUUUAGUAGUAGGAAACGCCGUGAUUCAGUAAGGGAGACAUGGAUGCCCCAAGGAGAAAAAUUGAAAAAAUUGGAAGAAGAUAAGGGAGUUAUAAUUCGAUUUACAAUUGGUCACAGUGCUACAUCUAAUAGCAUUCUCGAUCGAGCUAUUGACUCAGAGGAGGCUCAGCAUCAUGACUUUCUCAGGCUGGAGCAUAUUGAAGGAUAUCAUGAAUUGUCCGCGAAAACCAAGAUAUUCUUUUCCACCGCUGUUGCGAAGUGGGAUGCUGACUUCUAUGUCAAGGUGGAUGAUGAUGUUCACGUCAAUCUAGGUGUUUUGGCUUCAACUCUAGCUCAUUAUCGAUCAAAACCAAGAGUUUAUAUUGGAUGUAUGAAAUCUGGUCUCGUUCUGGCUCAAAAGAAUGUAAAAUACCAUGAACCGGAAUUCUGGAAAUUUGGGGAAGAUGGAAACAAGUAUUUCCGCCACGCUACUGGGCAAAUUUAUGCCAUCUCGAAGGAUUUGGCAACUUAUAUUUCUAUAAAUCAACCUAUACUUCACAAAUAUGCAAACGAAGAUGUAUCGCUUGGUUCCUGGUUUAUUGGCCUUGAUGUGGAGCAUGUUGAUGAGCGCAGCAUGUGCUGUGGAACUCCUCCAGACUGUGAAUGGAAGGCACAGGCAGGUAAUGCUUGUGUAGCAUCAUUUGAUUGGAGCUGCAGUGGAAUUUGCCAAUCAGUCAAUAAAAUGAAAUCUGUCCACGAAAAAUGUGGUGAGGGCGAUGAUGGAAUAUGGGGUGUAUUGUUAUGAUUUAAGUCUAACUACUUAAUCGAAGGCUAAAAUUACCGCUCUAGAGUUAUGAGAAAUGGAUCGCACUGCACGAAUCAGAGACGAGACAAUUUGUUAUGCAGGAACGAUGCUUGACUUAGGGAUUUGUUCGCCAUAUACAACAAGAGAACUGAUGAGAUACAGAUUGCUCAUACGAUACUUACCCGCAUAUCUUUAGGACGUGUAUGUAGGAUUUGUAGCACAUGUAAUUGCUGACAUGUAUUUUCUUCAGGAUCAGUUCAUACAAAUUUUGGGAUUAUGUAUAGAAGGGGGUGUGCUUUAGGAUGUGAUUUUUUCUGGUUUGUUUUCAUUUUGUUAUUCUUUCGAGGCGCCCCACAUAGGCAUAACAUGUCUGUUUUCUUGAUGCUGUAAGGUUACCCUGUGUUGUAAUUGAAUUAUUAAUGAGAUUUUCUAAUCUAACUUAUUCUCA